AUGCAUCAUCUUUACACUCUUCUUCUUCUGGCUCUGUUCGGUCGUGUGCUUUCCGUACCCGCUGGGACGAGUCAAGUACACUCGGUACCCGUUCUGGUGUCGCCAAUAGACGUGAUAGCUCCCCUUGAGGAACGUCAACAAAGCAAUGAUGAUGUUGACGACGAAGAAGAUGAUACUCCUCUCUCCUUUAUCACCAAGCUCGCAGCCAUCGGUGACUCAUACUCAGCCGGUAUUGGAGCUGGCGACCGGCUUGGGGACAUUGGAGUCAACAAUGACUUGCGUCUGGGCGAUGCGUCUAAGCGGACGUUUCAGUUCAAGUCCUGCUCGGGCGCCGUAGCACAGGAUGUCCUCGACAAGCAGAUUCCCGCAAUCAGCUCGGGACAGCAGGUGAUAUUGCUGUCUGAGCACAAACUCACUUUCACUACAGGUGGUAACGAUGCUGAGCUGUCCAACAUCUUGAACCAAUGCAUCUAUCAAUGGGCAGUCCUUAAUUCGUUCCAGGUCGGGGUGGCCAAGAUUGCUGCUCUGGACAAGAAAUUCGAGUGGGCGGCCGGUUAUGACUGGGAUUCUCUCGGCCGCGGCUGUACAGGGCAGCUCUCCCGGAGUGCCGACAUUAUUGCUAGCGACGAUUUCAGUAAGAAGAUCGAUAACGUGAUCGAUGCUGCCAAGAAGAAGCUGGCAGAUGAAAUCAGUGGUAUGAUUUACUUCACGGGUUACGCCAAAUUCUUCGACGAAGACUACACCAGUGACUGUGACAAAGUCUCUUGGUCGACCUGGCUAUAUAAAGCAGAGAACGUCUUCCAACCUGAGGCCAAACUAGGAUCUCUCCAACGCAGAGCCAUGAACGAUCUCGUGAACAAAGCGAAUGACCAACUGAAAGCCGCAGUCAAACGAGCCGGCGACAAAGUCCAGUUCGUUGACUACGAUGCGUUUGUCGGUAAAUGGGGCGGUAGAUACUGCGAGCCUGGCGUCGACGAGGCCACAAAAGAGAGCAACACCAGGGCUCAACUCAUGUUCUACGAACUGAACAGUCUGGACCCUGCCGGUACCAAUCCCUGGAAACGCUCCACCAACGGAGAGCUCCAAGGGACAUUCCUGGGCGAUCUGGACAUUUAUGCACAAAUCACACAGCUUAUGGACCCUCAAGUACAGUUUAAGGAACCGGCAGUAGACACAAACAACCCACCAGGUGCUACCUUCCUCGAAAUGGAUAACGGAACGAAAUCGGCACUUCUCGACAUCGAGAUCCCGAAUCUCUUGCCUGAUGGCUACGGACGCGUGUUCCAUCCACAGAUCCUCCUGCACCGCAUUAUCUCCAACAUGGUCAUCUGGCAGAUGCUCAAUGUGUUGCAGAAGAAGAACGGCGCCCAAGGGUUCCCCCAGACCUUGAGCAUCGACUCGUGCCCGCUUGUCAUACGGCCUGACGAGCCGCUGACCAACUAUGGCAAGUGUGAGACGCCUUUGGAAAACUUUGAGAAGAAUACAUUCGACGAGAUAGCCAACACGUUUUGUGACGACCACAGCGACAUCUCCAAGAGCGCAAAGGCCCAAUACGGCCAAGAUGACAACGAUGCCCCUGAGCUGCAGAAAUGGAACGUCUACAUGGAAUGGGAUCCGAACGACAAGACAGAUAAGUGCGCUCAUAGCUGCAAGACAAUAUUCAAGUCGGGCUUUGGCACGCCGACCGAAUGUCGGUAUGACUCUCACACCAUGGCACAUAAAGGAUCCUUCAAGGUAGAUGACUGCGGCACUGCUUCCUUCGAGCUGAAAGGUAAGGGGCCCAAAGCCACGGAAGAGAAAAUCUUCGACACAGUGUGCGCCGGUCGCGACGACUUUGGCAAGCACGACGACCUCCACGAGAACUUUGUCGACUUUGUCGCCAACGCCAUGUGCGACACCUUCUCCAAGAAGACGAUCAAGAAGGACGACUCCUCGACCUAUCCCUUCUGGGAGACGACCGAGUAUUUUGGCAACCACAUGUCCUACUCGAUGCGCGCUGUGUGGAAGGACGGCUGUGUGCUGCCAAACGAUAAGACCGAGGUUAGCGCGCAGAACCCGCUGCCUAAAGGGGCCCCAGGAGCCGAUAUAGAAGGGAACUUUUGCGAUGUCAGAGCUCCGGGAGUUGAGGCUUGCAACUCUCUGAUCAAGGUGUACGACUACAGAGACAUUGCGUAG